AUGGUUUUAAUUACUACUGCUUCGCUUUCAGCUUGUAAUAGAUAUUUCACAGCCUCGGCGCCUUCGCCGACCAACCGCCAUCUAUACUCAACGAAAGGAUCACCGACGACUACUGAUGAGUGGAAAUGCGUAUCCUGUGGAUACGCUAACUGUACCUACCAAGUCAAUCAGUUGACACCCGACAUCAAACAUAUACUCAUGUGGUGCAAGGGACCAGCGCUUCCACGAUAUUACCUUGGUGAAAUCAUUGGACGAAAAGUUGAGAACUUGGUGCAAAUACUAAGAGACAAUACUUACGAGAUAGAAUUGGCUUUAACAAGACUACCAACUGUUAUAAGCGACAGCGUCCCGCUGAAGCAAGGAUAUGAAGCCAUUGUAAAGAUCUACCUUCCACCUGAUCAACUGCGCCAAUCUAGUCCGUUACCUGUGCUGCUCAACGUUUACGCUGGGCCUUUAGGCCCGCAGAUGGCUACCGAUGAAUUUCUCACGAUGGAUGGGUUCGCAGAGUUCGUAGUCGCUUCACAAAAUUAUGCUGUGGUAAUGAUAGAUGGACGUGGAUCGAGCGGACGUGGAUGGAAAUACCGAGGGGCCUUCUAUGGCGCACUAGGCACCGUGGAGAUCGAAGACCAAAUAGAAGGGAUUCGACAGGUGAUGAGAAAAUAUCCGUUCCUUGACGCUCACCGUCUUUCGGUAUAUGGAUGGUCUUACGGAGGAUUUGCAGCUGCACUGAUGACUGAAAAAGCGCCUGAAUCAUUUUUUAAAUGUGCAAUUUCAGUCGCUCCGGUUGCUAACUUUUUCUAUUAUCACGGGUCGUACUCCGAAAAAUACAUGGCGAAUGCUGAGAAGUCCGCCUACGAUGCUAUCGACAUUACUAAAAAUGUGGCAAAUUUCAAGAAAACUCGCUUGCUACUGGCUCAUGGAUUGUAUGAUGAAAACGUCCACUUCCAACACAGUGCACUCUUUAUAGAAGUUCUGCAACGAAACGAAAUUGACUUUGAUGUUAUGGUGUAUCCAGAUGAAGACCAUGGUAUAGGACCAUCCCGGUUCUCUUUGCAGGAGAAAAUAGCGUCGUUCCUUGGACAAUGUGCCAAAAGUGCAUGA